UUCUGGAAAUGAGUUGUAAAAUUAACAAAAAAGAAAUCGGUUUAUCGUAUAUCAAAUAAUAUCUGUCUUUUGUUUCUUUUCAGAGACUUCUAUGUAACUGUUAGAGAUGACAGUGGUGCAAGAUCUGAACCCCUGUGUAGCCAGAGAGAUACCCUCACUUUUCUGGCGCAGAAGUUACACAUCGAUUACAAAUCCACCCGUUACACUUAUUCCUGGUCGGGAUUUCAAGCUCGUUACCAGGUUAUCGAUGAAUCGAUAAUAAAUGCUCCUGUAGUUAACGAAUGGAAUAUCAGCAUCUUGAGCAUAUUAUCGACAAGCAUGAACGUCUCUUGGGCGCACUAUGCCCCCGAUGAUCCUUACAUUUUGGCCUUGUAUGCUGUUGUAUGUACACCGACCAAUCACGAUACUGGACCGACUGUGGCAACAGCUAGUAAAACAAAUAUACAGUUAGAGGUACUGCGACUUAGAGCACUAACUGAGUACCGUCUGCAGGUUUUGGCUUUAACAGUUCACAAGAUUACGGGAGCGUUCAGUUUUAAAGGAAGUCAGAUACUCACUGUCAGCACUGUAGAGGGAGUUCCAAGCGAGGCGCCCGUGAACGUGACUGCAUUAAGUCCUGAUUCGAACUCUAUAAACGUAUCUUGGUUUCACAUCGCGAAUGGUAGUGUGAACGGAGAGCUACAAGGGUACAAGAUUUUCUAUCGUAGCCUCUUAGACGAUGGAAAUUAUUCAAUGGUCACGGUUGGACCAUCCACCUUGCAAGUCAUUAUCAGCGACAACUUUAUUUAUACUGAUAUCUAUGAGGUCAGGGUUGCAGGGUUUACAGCCGUUGGCGUCGGAGUGAAGAGCGAGUCCGUGCCAGUCCAACCAGGCUGUAUGCGGGGUUAUGUUUACGAAACAAUGGGUAAGAUAACAAGCCCUGGAUUUUCAGAUGACUAUCCAAAUAAUGUAGCUUGUUAUUGGCUCGUGGCACCUGGGUUACUGGAGUACCGACUUGUCCUUGCCUUCGAUACUUUCAAUACAGAGGACAUAGAUGGAAAACCGAACUGCACGAAUUUCAAGAAUGACUACAUCCUAGCUGGAACAUUGUCCAAUGUUGGGCGUACUAUUCCGUAUUGCGGAAACAGGAAUCCGUUUGCUUUAAUCAUUGAAGCCAACUCUUCCAACCCAGCAGCAGUGCAGUUCCAAUCCAAUGUCGACUCAGUAGAGCAAGGAUUCAACGCCAGUUAUUUUGCUGUAGACAAGACUCCAAAGAUUUCUGUCAGUAUUGUCGAUGGAAGUAUCACCGGCCACGAAGUCACUUUAACAUUGCCCCCCUUUGCUGAUGCCAAUCCGAUUGAGAAUUACAUUGUGCUCUACAAGCCCGCGUUGAAUGGGAAGCGCGAAUGGAAAUUCGAAAGGAGUGAAAAUACACAAAUCACACUACGGUCACUGAAGGGACUGACUAACUACAAAGUAAUGGCAUUGGGAUAUACGUCAAACAAAGAUACUUAUGGAAGUCAAGAAAUUACCUUUGAAACGUUAGAGGCAACAGAGCCAGAAACGACCUCUGCGUCAAUAACUACUCCAACGCCAGAACCGAUUACCCUGAUGUACCCUUUUGGAGAUACUGCCGGGGAUUCUGUUAUUGCAUUCGACAUCAGCAGAAAGAAGUGUUUCAGGAUAAAUAUCCCUGACGGAGGAAUGGCAUUCUUUGGUAAACGACAUAGGAAACUCCAUCUUUGUCCCAAUGGCGUAGUCCAGUUUGAAAGUGAACGUUUCAACCGAUGGCCUUACAAAUUUGGUCAAAGAUACUGGCUGAAAUACGAUCCAAUUCUGGCACCUUACUGGAGCAACAUAGACCUCGUAGACUCGUUUGUCACUGGACCUUCCAAGGUAUUUUAUCAGAUAUACUCCGACUCCAUCCCAGGCGCAAACACAACGUUAAGUAUGGCAACAGCAGACGUCAUGAAGCUUCUUUCGAGACCUCUUCCAACGAAUUUUAGUGCAUCUUGGGUUCUUGUUGUUACCUGGGAAAAUCUCCGUCCUAGGGAACAUACAGCAGCUUCACAAAAUUUGCUAAACACGUUUCAGGCGGUCAUUAUUACCGACGGAGUUUACGCCUUUGUCAUGUUUAACUACCCUAAAGAUGGCAUACAGUGGUCCGCCCCAACUAGUGUGUCCAAUUAUAUACACUACACCAACUAUAGAGGUCUUCCUGUCAUGGGCUGGAAUGCUGGAGACGACACUGGGAACUUGUUUAACUAUAAAAGAUCAGAAACAGUUGCGAUGGAAAGCAUCGACAGUCUGCCAGGAAACACAGCUAUCAUUGGAAAGUGGUUCUUCAGACUUGAGAAUUCAAAAGGAGAACAAGACGCCAUUCAGAAGUGCCUUCGCUGGUUUAACAAUCAGCCAGACCCUUCCUCGUACAGGGAUGCUGUUGAGCCAUGUCCUUGCACUCUGAGGCAAGCUUUCUUCGACGAGCGAUUUCAGUGGACUACACCAGAAGCACCAUUCACCUACUGUGUAUAUACCAGGUUUCCCUCUGCAGCCAACAGAGGUCGACAGUGCUGUUACCACACCAGGUUUGACGGCCGGUUUGGUGCUCUGAUCGUUGGCUACCCCAAUGGAGGAGUUAUUCACCAGUAUCAUAAGCUGGCUUCGAGAUCACUUGCACUAAAACAUCAAUUCAGUGACGUCUUGGGCCUUAAAUAUUGCUGCGUGCAGUCCAAACUAUGUCAACGAUUUUAUAGAAAGCGACCAUCAGAAGGAUGCGAGAACUACCUUCCCCCAGUGUGGAGCUGGUUAUGGGGUGAUCCUCAUUUCGUCACCCUAGAUGGUAGAAACUACACCUUCAAUGGCCUUGGAGAGUAUACAAUGGUCAACGCGAAAAAUGGACACCUUGAGCUACAAGCACGAACAAAACUUGCCAAAGGAGGAGGAAGGGCAACCGUUUUUGCUGCAGCAGUAGCGAAAGAAGUGAACACAAGCGCUGUACAGGUGGCUCUGAAGGACGGAGGAGGUUUGAAUGUGUUGGUCGAUGGAGAAGAGUUUCAAGGUUUCGACAGUUUAACCAACGUAAGUGUGAACCUAAAUGGCUCUGUGGCAGUAUCACGUCCGGAAAACAGUUCCUUCCUUGUGACGUUUCCGUCUGGAAUAUCUGUGACAGUGACGGAGGUACAAGAGUCACUCUCCAUAGUCUUUGCUGCUCCUGUGUCAUUUAAAGGUUACACAAAAGGCCUUUUAGGAACUUGGAAUGAUGACCCACUGGAUGAUUUCCUGAGACCCGAUGGUACCACACUGGCGCAUAACGCCACAGGAAGAGAAAUUCACAAUUAUUUUGGACAGAAAUGGCAAGUUAUGUUUAACACAUCCCUAUUCACUUACAAUCCUGGAGAAGAUGUUAACACAUUCAAGAAUGAGUCAUUCGAGCCAAUUUUCCUGGAUGAAAAUAUCACUUUUGCAAAUGACGCUUUAAGGCAGCAAGCAGAGGCUAUUUGCCAAGGAGAUGUCAACUGCUUGUUCGACAUAGCCUCUACAGGAGACACGGCAGUUGGAGAGAGUACCAAACAAAUAUCUGUGCAGCUGGAAAGUGAAUCGGAAGAAUUACAUAAUUUCCCACCCAAGAUUCUCUCUGGGCCUUCCGAACUUAAUUUGACUGUCAACACAACGGUCAGCAUAACUGUCACUGCAGAAGAUCCCAACGGUGAUCCCAUGACCUUCAAUGUCUCCGGAAGUCCACCGAAAGGUGCCAAAUUAGCAACUAAUGUAUCGUCCGUGACGCUGACUUGGAACGUAACCACCGAAGAGAUUGACAUAGAGUUUGUGGUAGCUGAUGAUUCCAAGCAAGCUACCGUACUGCGACCAGUAAUAAACGUUUGCGCUUGUCACAAUCAAGGAACGUGUGUACCUAUAGAUGAAAAUUACGCAGAUAACAGUGGUGCAAGGUUCAAUGUACUUUCGUGUGUGUGUCAAUAUGGUUAUACCGGCACAUUUUGCGAGGCGGACCUAGAUGCAUGCGAGGAAAAUUUCCAACCAUGCUAUCCGGGGGUCCAGUGCAUCGAUUUAAAGCCACCUGCUAACGAGUCAGGCUUCGUUUGUGGUCCUUGCCCAGAUGGGUUAACAGGAGAUGGAGUCGAAUGUACAGAUAUUGACGAAUGUGCGACCAAUAACGGAGGCUGUGGACAAAACUGCUUGAACAAUCACGGAUCAUUUGAGUGUGACUGCGAUGCUGGAUACCUUCUAAACCCUCUGGACAAGAAGAGUUGUGAUGACAUAGAUGAAUGCAGGUCUGGGAGAGGAGGCUGUAUGCAGAUUUGCGAGAAUACAGAGGGUUCAUACAACUGCAAAUGUGAUGCAGAAUUUAAAGUGGAACCCACUAAUCCAAAGAAUUGCGUAGCCAAGUACCCUUGUCAAGAAAAUUCCAUUGGCUGCGACGACAUCUGCCUCUUAUCUGAUGGAAAGGAAAAGUGUGCUUGCAAUAACGGAUAUGCUUUACAACAGGAUGGAAAAACAUGCAAAGGUAGUGUCACGUUCCACAACCGAUGGAACUGGAUUAUUGCAAUGAACGGAUACGACACACGAAUUUAAUCUAGAAGUCCGCCAUGCUGCUUUAAUAAUCAACU